AAAACCUCACCGGAAGUAAAUUAUUGUGAGGACGCUUUGGAGCAUUUUUUUUUUUUUUGCUCGGAGGCUGAAGGAACGAGAUGAGUGUUAGCAUUGUGGUGGAGUACUGUGAGCCCUGUGGGUUUAAGUCUCACUACGAGGAGCUAAAAAGCGCUGUGCUGGAGGAGUUUCCUGAUGUCAGCAUUGACUCCCGUCCUGGCGGUACUGGAGCAUUUGAGAUUGAAAUAAAUGGAAAACUAGUCUUCUCCAAGCUGGAACUUGGUGGAUUCCCCUAUGAAAAAGACUUGAUAGAGGCCAUCCGUAAAGCCAUAAAUGGAGAAGCAGUGGAGAAGAUCACCAACAGCCAAGCACCCUGUGUCAUCUUGUAAGAGCUCUAAGCAUGUGUCCCUCAAACAAAAUGUCCAGUCCUAUGUCUGGUGGGAGCAUACUUGUGAUUCACACUGCGCCCAAUAUUGAUGUCCCUGUAUGGCCCCUGUGGAGAUAAGUCUGCUACCACGCCGAUAUCUGACUGCCUUGUUUGGUGUCUGCACCCACCACAUAACCUGGGUACAAGGUGAAGUCCUCAGCCUAUAUAGAACACAACAUGUGGCUUUGUAAAGUGUACGUACCUGGAUGGACCCCAUUUAUAUUCCUGGACAAGUGCAGCUCCACUACGGUAUCCACUAUGCAGCCUACAGAAUAUGGCAAGUGCAUCCAAAGGGGUUGUAUGAGGUUGUAACUAUUGUUUAUGUCUAGCAGUGCAGCUCAUAGUGUCACGGUGAGGAGGGGCGUUUAAAGAAUAUACUUUAUUAAGUUCACAAAUAACAAAAAAAAGGGGGAAUGUAUAUUAAAAGCCCACAAGUAAAGUAGAGCGAAUAUAUUAACGAACGCUUGAUGGCUAAUGGCGGCAGACUGCCAUCAAGAGUUCGUUAAAAUAUUCGCUCUACUUUGCUUGUGGGCUUUUAAUAUACAUUCCCCCUUUUUUUUUGUUUUAUUUGUGAACUUUUCUGCUCACCGUGACCCUAUUAGCUAUGCUAGAGACGUAUAUCGCCUUCACUUUAUAGUACCGUGAAUCAAUAGAAUUUUAGCUCAACCUCAUUCCCUGAAAUGUGUAAAGGUUGCAAUACCAGACACAACCCAUGGGCAGGAGUGGUGCUUUUUCUUUGGGUUGGGCGGACCUUGUAUUCUAACCUCAGUUCCCCACUUUGUAAAAUGUUUAUGCCAAUAAAUGGAGAAAAUAAAAUAACAAAUGUGAUUCUUCA